AUGUUUGUGAUGAAAAGUGCGUUGAAAUUAAGAGGAUUUCCGAGAUAUUUAAACCAUUUUGUGCCAUUUCCCGCCAACGUUCCGGCUAAACUCUCUACAACAAUCUUACUUCCGCAAUACAAUCUGAUAAAUUCCCAGCUUGGAGUAAGAUUUCUCGCCAAUCACGAUGCUUCGCGGAAACGACCGAUGCUUAUGGACUUUCCUCGGCUCGUUUGGCCCUCGGUUGUUAAAACGGUCCGCAAUUGGAUCAUGGUGUCCUUGAUCAUACGGCCGUACUUUGAUCACGACUUCCGUAUUCCCGACUUUGUGCAAGGUGCAAAACAUGCUCUACAUGUGGUAUCAUCGGCACUGGCUGGAGGCGAAACCAAGCAGCUAGAAGGACUGGUCGAUCGUACCGCUUUGAACGACGUAAAACAAUCGCUUUCGAAAAUGUCGGUCGCUGAACGGUACGACCUCCAGGUGGACAAAGAGGAUGUGUACUUUUCGUUCCCCUACCAAGUCGGCAUCAUGUUUGAUGAGUCGGAAGACGAUAGUCAGAAGCGUUUCGUUGAAAUCACGAUGGUGUUUCACGUUCUGCGGGGCUUGAAAGGCAUGAUAGAGCGAGGGGAACCCGUUCCGCUGAAUGUUGGUACGCUUCCGGAGUUUCGCGAUAAAAUCAGCAUAUGCAACUAUCGAUUUAUCAAGGAGUUUACUAAGGGUGUCGACUCAGACUGGACCGUUAACGUCGUAAAUCAUUUUAAACCAAGUGACUACCUGGAUCAGUAGCGCACACGGUUUAGAUCGUGCCGCAACUGCAGUGGGGCCAAACCCAUAUGACCACAAGACCUCGUUCGUUCUAAAGUAGCACUACAAUAAAGAAGACAAAAGCGCUAGA